AUGUCCACCUCGAUCGCCGUCCCAAGGACGGCCCCCAUAGCUAUCGCGCCAAAACCCCCCGCGGCACGCUUCCCACCGAGUCGACAGGGCAGUGUGCACCACCACGGCCACAACUUUGACUCUUAUGGGAGCGGGUUCAACUCGCCUGAUUCGGGGUCGGUGCUGAGCUUGAACACGCCGCCGUGCGAGGCUUGCCGGAACAGGAGGAGUGAGUGCGUUAUGGGUGAGGAUACCGAGGAGCACUGCGUGGCUUGUCAGUAUAGUGGGACCGAGUGCUCGUUGGUGGAGAGCAGUGGGAGUAGCAGCCCUUUGGGGGCGAGGAAGAGGAAGUUGAAUGGAGGGGAUGGGGCGGAGGAGGGGAGGAGACGGUCUGAUAACAGAUCGCAGCGUCGGCGGCAGAACCAGCACCACCAGCAACCCAGCGUCUCGUGCACCACGACCAGUAGCUCCCUAAUCGAAGACAUGGCCAACUUUGGCGGGCCCACGCUGCUCAAGCGCACGUUGGGGCUGCAGGCGGAUCGGUACUGCCAGUACAUUGGGCCCACCACCGACUUUGAGCCCUCGCUCAUCAACCUGUCAUCAUUCGACCCGCAAGAUGAGAGUCUGCUCGCGAGGGGGACGUUGAGGAGGGUGAGCGACAACGACACGUUCUUGUUGCUGCCGGACAACAUCACGCCGGGGUAUGAGCACAUCGUCGAGGACGCGGACGAGAUUGAGAACAUUGUGGCGCCGCACGGGAGGAGGCUGAUCGACCUCUACUUUCGGGUAGUGCACCCGGGCUUUCCCAUCAUUCAACGGAGUGUGUUUUAUGAAAAGUACGAGAGGAGCCACCGCGAGUUUUCGCCGCCGUUGCUGGCGGCCGUGUACAUCCUGGCCAUCAACUGGUGGGAGCACGAGGAGGAGCUAGCGGGGUUGCCGAAGCCGAAUGUGAGGGAGCUGGAGAGGUUGGUGAGGACCACGUUGGCGGAUGCCAUGUACAGGCCGAAGCUGUCGACGAUACAGGCGGGGUUGCUGUUGAGCCAGAGGCCGGAAGGGGAUCAGUGGGCGCCGACUGCGCAGCUUGUGGCGGUGGGACAGGAGCUGGGGUUGCAUUUGGAUUGCACGAACUGGAAGAUUCCGCCUUGGGAGAGGGGGUUGAGGAAGAGGCUGGCUUGGGCUCUGUAUUUGCAGGAUAAAUGGGGCGCCCUCGUCCACGGCCGACCUUCCCACAUCUUUGCGUCCAACUGGGCCGUCCAGCCGCUCAACCCCAACGACUUUCCCGACAUUGAAUGCGACGAGACCGACGCCGAGGAACGGCUCGAGCUUGAGAGGGGUCGGGUCCUUUUCAGGCAAAUGGUCCAGCUUUCCCAAAUCCUGGCCGAAAUCCUGGACACGUUUUACACUUUGCAGGCAACCUCUCAGAUCGCCAACGCCGGCCCGCAGGGCACUCAGCUCGUCUUGUCCCUCGCCAAGCCCAUCCAGCUCAAGCUCAAGGAGUGGUAUUCCGCCCUCCCGGCCCUCGUCAGGAUGGACUCGACCUUUCAGACCACACCCUCGUCCUCUUCGGGGAGCAGGUUCUCCCCGAUCGGCUAUCUGCACCUGGCCUACUUUGCAACCGAGAUCACGCUCCACCGCCGCAUCAUCAGGUCCAUGUCCGCCCUUCCGGAGGACAACAACCCCAACACGCCGUCCAUCGACCCUUACAUCCAGCACAUUUGCCGCUCGGCCGCCAAGGCCAGACUCAUCUCUGCAAUGGAUUUUGUCAACCGGCUCACUCCGUCCCACCUGAGGGCGUUUUGGUACUUUGCCUCCAAGACAAACUUUGCGCUGAUCGGGACGUUUGGGAGCCUGCUGUGGGGGACGAGCCCGGGGAGGGAGGAGGCGGAGUGGUAUAGACGGCGGCUGGGCGAGUACAGGUGGACGCUGAGCGUGUCAAGCAAGCCGGGGGAGGGGACGAGCAAGGGGUUGACCGAGUUUGCGAUGGGGAUGCUGGAUAUCAGCACGGGGUUGUUGAAGAAGCUGCCGGAGAAGCCGUUGUUGAGUCGGAGCGGGAGUGAGGUUGGGUUUGGAGGGCCAGGGGGGGUGGAUCAGGUGAGGAGGAGCAGCUUGUUUGCCUUGGGGCAUGCGGGGGGGAGUUCGGCGAGUUUGAACAGCAUGGCUGGGGGUGGUGGGAGGGGGGACGGGAGGGGGGUUUAG